AUGCACUCCCCGGUCGGCGUUGUGUGGGUGUUGGGACAGCAUGCUGCUCCCUUGAGUGGCCCAGCUCGGACGGUCGAUGCAGCUUUUGGACAGCGCUCUAAGGCUUCCAGCAUGAGGGUCAAUCGUGAUCUCCGGAUUGACAACGGCGAGGCGCCACUGGAGAAUGGACUGGCAUGUUCAAUGCCAACAAGGGACGUCCAUCAUAAUGGCACCGAUAACGGGCCCACCGACCCUGGAGAGCGCGAAAAAGCGACUGCGAGCGUGCUCCUCACGAUGCGCGUGUGGUUGACUCGGAGCAACAAAACGCCUUGUCCAUCAGCUACAGCGCAACCUGCUCCGGAAACGAAGUCCUACGGAUCAUCCGCGUCGGUCCAAGUCUUUGGGACGACACCCUGGAACGCCAAAGACGGGCUGGCGUCCAUCUUUCGUGGCGGAGAGGACUUUCUGAUUCCCGCAUCUCAGUAG